UAAACCUCAGAAGAGCAGACAGGCUCAGACGUCAGCUGAGAAGGAGGUACUAACAUCAACACAGUACAGUUCCAACCGCAUAUGAGGAUUGCAAUCAUCACCACACGGUGGAGCAAAGGGACGCCAAACUUUUUCCCACUUCCGAAUCGAUGAACCGAGCAACAAAGUUCAGCUCAAUUGCAAAAAACAAAACAAAAAACUCGUCGUGAUUUCUUCUAACACUUAAACUCUUCUGCAAAUAAUUAUCUUCUCUCUGUGGAUUGUAUUCUGUUGUCAAAACGCAAGAGUACUAUAAAUGUUGCGCUUUCCCCCAGAAAACAAGGCAGUGACUUUUUGUUCAAUGUGCACCCAGAACGGAUUGCGAUGAUUGUGUCCAACUUAAGUGUGAUCAGCUGCAGGAAGGCGAACAGCGCGCUGUGCCUCAGUGCAGUGGAGGGACAUUUGGAGGCGUCCUCUCCCUAUAGCACUCUCAGUCCCACCGGCCACCUGCUCGUGGCGUUGAGCUUGGGCUUCAUCGGCACUUUCGGAUUCCUCAACAACCUCCUGGUUCUCGUGCUCUUCUGCCGCUACAAGGUGUUGCGGUCCCCCAUAAACUUUCUGCUGGUGAAUAUUUGCUUGAGUGAUCUACUGGUGUGCGUUUUGGGCACGCCGUUCAGCUUCGCGGCGAGCACUCAAGGGCGAUGGCUCAUCGGCGACGGUGGAUGUGUAUGGUACGGCUUUGCCAAUUCAUUGUUAGGCAUUGUGUCACUUAUCUCCCUGGCAGUGCUAUCAUAUGAACGCUACUGCACAAUGAUGGGCUCCACAGAAGCUGAUGCCACCAACUACAGGAAGGUGGCCUGUGGGGUGGUGAUGUCCUGGGUUUACUCUUUAAUCUGGACUCUGCCCCCUCUAUUUGGUUGGAGCCGCUAUGGCCCAGAAGGCCCUGGAACCACCUGCUCUGUAGACUGGACAACCAAGACCGCCAAUAACAUUUCUUACAUCAUCUGCCUCUUCAUUUUUUGCCUGAUUAUCCCCUUCCUGGUCAUUAUUUUCUGCUAUGGUAAGCUGCUGCAUGCCAUUAAACAGGUCAGCAAUGUGAACACGACUAUAAGCCGCAAGCGAGAGCACCGGGUUCUUCUCAUGGUGAUCACCAUGGUGGUCUUCUAUCUACUCUGCUGGCUACCCUAUGGGAUCAUGGCUCUGCUGGCCACUUUUGGAGCCCCUGGACUGGUGACUGUGGAGGCAAGCAUAGUGCCCUCCAUCUUAGCGAAAUCCAGCACCGUCAUAAAUCCCAUCAUAUACAUCUUCAUGAAUAAACAGUUCUACAGGUGUUUCAGGGCACUUCUCAACUGUGACCAACUCCAUCGAGGUUCCAGUAUGAAAAGUUCUUCAAAGGCAACUAAAAAUUUUCGGCCUGGACGGCGCACAGACAACUUUACAUUUGUGGUGGCUUCAGUGGAGCCCACAGCUGUCCUCAAUAAUACAAACCCAGUGGAGGACGGCCCUCUAUCAACGAAUAUUGCCAGACCUGCAGUGGUCUCCCUUGUGGCCCAUUAUAAUGGUUGAGAGUUAUUCUGUUUCAAAAAUGGCAACACUUGAAUAAACUUUUCACACAAAAUGAGGGAAAUGCAGUGUGAGAUUUGGAGGAUUUUACACAGGCAUAUAUGGCGUAUAAAAACUAUGAAAAACGAGAAAAGGAAAGAAUCCUGAGAGAAGCUGAAUUUGUGGAGUUUGUUUUUGUGUUCAAUGUGUGUCUGUUAUCCAAACAUCAAAGUGUUAUAUUCUAGUAGUAAUAUGUAGCUAGCAGUUCCUAAUUCUGCAGAUGUUGAUAUUACUAUUUUUGUAGACCUGUCCAAAAUAUCUGCAGAGAAAAACAAAAGUCAAGUCACCUUUAUUUAUAUAGCGCUUUUUUAAAAUAUAGAUUGUAUCAAAGCAGCUUCACAGUGAUAACAUGAAAAUAAUACAACACAGAUCAAUAAUAUACUGUACAACACAAAUCAAUAAUAUAUUCUAAUGAUAUAAACGACUAUUCUCAGUACAGUAAACAACAGCUCUUAAAUGUCUCUUUGAAAAGACAAUUUUUUUUUGUAAUAGUCCUGAAGGAAAAAAAAAAGAAAAAAAAAACAAUAUUUCUAACAAUGAACAACUUAUCAAUUGUUUUAAUGGUAUUAAAGCAAAAGGGUUCACUUUCAGUCACUCGUGUUCGACGUACAGUAGUCUUAUUGGGAUCACGCCCUGUCAUUUUCGAAUACUGUUAAAACGAACCAAUGCAAAUUUGCAUCUCACACUCUGCCCCACGGCACAGGUAUAAAUGCGAAAGAGGAUGCACGCACCAGUUGUAUUUCACUUUUUUGUAACCGAUCUGUCUUCAUAUCGAUGUCUCUGAAGAGUGUUGUUUAUAUUAAAAUGAGCAAGUGUGUCUCAGUGCUUUUUUCAGGAAGUAUCUCCUGGUGGUUCUACAACGUGAGUACAGUGGUGGUUGUGAGCUUUCUGAGCUCUCAACUGCUUUUUUAACAGCAUCACAUUUCUGUUUUUGUUUGUUUGUCUGACGGCCGAUUGAGGGGGAAAGGCUGCACCA